CGAAUUGUAACUCGGCGGCACGAUCGCUCGCCGAGUCGAAUUAUGUAAGCAAAAGCAAAAGUAGUUUAGGUAAUCGGUUGUUUCGAUCACUCUGAUUGGACCGCGUCACGGUUGAUGAUUCUUUGAAUUUUUCUGACAAAAGAAUAGAGAUUUAUGGUUUGGUAGGGAAUAUUUAUCGUUUGACCACAAGACUCAAUAUAUAAAGCAUUUUACACGAAAGCGCGAUCACAUUCGAUGAGAAAGUGAUGCUGAUUGUGGAUAUUCUAACAAAAUUACAAGUUUACUCGCGCAAACCUCGAUCAGGAUAAACCGAUGAUCUUCGAAAAUGACUUGUUGCAAGAUAUAUCUAAUCAUAUUAGCUCUAAUCACAUGUCACGUGAAUGCAAAUUACGAGUACGAGCGCUUGAAGAGUUUGAGCCAUGUGAUUGAUGUGCCACAAGUACCUAGCCAGCAUAACAUUUACGAGAGUGUUUCUUCUGAAAUAUUGCCUCAUUAUUAUAAUUCUUACGAAUCGAGUGAUGAUCGAUAUAGAGAUCGUUCCACAAGUUCCGUUCUAUCUGAGCGUUCUCCCAUUAGCGUAAAGAAAAAAUUGGUUGAAAACAAAAAUUUAAAAAAAAUGAAAAUUCCGUCUUUAAUGAUCAAUAAGGAUUAUACUGCAAAGUACAAGCAAUUGCUUCCAAAUUCGGAAAUUGCUCAUUGUCAAGAGAUUAACGUAAAAUUGAUCGGGAAAGAGGAUAAGAUACGAAAAGACUUUAUGACUUGCUACAAAUGCGAGGAUCCUAAAACUAGAUCCACAUACGAACGCUGUUUACAUAAUAAUCCUCCGGAAGAGAGCGCAUCCGCCAAUACGGAGCGAUUUAUCCCCGUCAGCUCCAGAUAUCGAAGGUCCAACAUGGAAAAUGAGAAAAUUAGUUACGGGAAGACAAAUCCUUAUCGGUUCAGCGACGAAUAUUUUACCGACGCUAUGUAUGAUGUACCGGCCGCAUACGAAAGCAGGGGAGAGAGAUGCGACAAGGUUGUGAAAAAUUCCAUGAUAUGCAUGAUUUGCCAAGAUGCUAAGACCAAUGGAAAGUAUGAACAAUGCUCGUAUGUAAAGCAGCCGCAAGAGAAAGCGUUCGCCUAUAUCAAAUCUGGCAUCUUCGAAAAGCCUGAAGAGCGAAGAAAUAAUAACGCUGAAAAUAAUCGAUCAAAUUCUUAUCCCCUUGAAUCCUCUGAAGGAUCCAAUCUUGAGAAAAAAGAUUGGAAUCCGAUUGCCAUAAAAGAGUCUCGCGAAUAUUCCUAUCCUAACGAGGAUCAUACUGAGAGAAUUUCAAUAAUAAAUCAGCAAGACAAAGUACAGGAUGCAUCUUCGACAGCUUGUAAACAGGUGCAAAGAGAUUCCAAAACCUGCACUGUAUGCAAAGAUCCCAAGAUUGGUGGUAUUUAUGAGAAAUGCAUUUACAACUAUCAGCCCAGCGAUAAACUAUAUAAAUACAGUAAAUCAAAAAGCUUCGGAUAUCCAGAUAAGAUUUCUACCGAUUCUACUCGUGAUUUAAAUGAAACUCAAACGUCGGAAAAAUCCAAGAGGUUUGAUUAUCCGCAAAGUUCCGAUUCUACGCACGAUUAUUUGGAUAAAUCCAAACAUUCUAUUUAUCCAUGGAGAUCCGAGAAAGCCAUUGAAUCUGAACAAGUCGCUAGUGAUCUUGACAGCACAUCGCGCGAUUCACCCAACUACAGCAGUGAUUACUCCAGUUCCAAGGGAUCGAGUAAUUACCAGCCGUUAGUUACGGGUGAAGAUACCGAAUUUUACGAGGAUCAAGCUACACCAUCUUUGAAAUCCGUCUCGGCGCAUUAUUCUGAAAAUAUCGAUGCGGAUCAUUGUAAAAAGUUUCAGAAAGACUCAAUGACAUGUACAGUUUGCAAGAAUCCGAAAACAGGCAACGAUUUCGAACAAUGUUCGUACUCGUAUCAACCGAGCGAUAAGGUCUUCUCUUACAGUAAAUCCAGCUCAUUUGGCAAUUCACGGGAGAAUGAUAAAUAUCAGCAAAUUCCGCACGAGGAUAAACAGGCGUCGGACAGUUCCGAGAUUGCAAAAGACUCCUACAAUGUCCCGAUCGGAGAAGAAGGCUACGAAGCUUCACGAACGACGGAUGAAGCAAAGGAUGAUUCCAAGGAUGCCGUGGAAGGAAAAAAGGAAGGAGUGGAUGCCGGAUACUUGGACACAGCAAAGAAGAAGGCGGAGAUUGAAGAGUUUAUGCAGAAUUUUCGGAAGAAAGAUCGAUCAAAAUGUAGAAAGAUUAUGCGUGAUAAAAUGACCUGCUAUCGGUGCGUUGAUGAGGAAAAUGUUCAAAAGGAGGAAUGCGUGUUUGUCACCGGGCAAGAACCCGAUCAGCUAGCAUUUCGCGAGAUAAAAGAAUUUCAAAUCGAUCCUGCAUCGCACGCUCGCGUCCAUGAAAGAUCAAGCUCGACGAAAACGAGAGAGCGCAUAACGGAUCCUUUAGAGCCCAGUGCAUCCGCUAGUAGAAAUUCGUAUGUCAAAUUAGAGAAACCAGACAACGAUUAUCCCGACGAAAUGCAACACACGGCAGAGGAAACUAAAGAGGCUGAACCGUACGAUUACACGUCGGAAACAAGAUCCAGAUACGACAAGGUACUUGGAUUGACUCUUCCGGCAUAUAUGUUUGCUACUUCGGAGCACGAGGUAGCGUUUGACGAGGUUGUAGCUUCCAGUCACGAUCAGCGCUAAUUUAGAUAUUGCUUUCGACAUUCUUAUCCUUACGUAUCCAGCUAUACUUGUUAUCGUCGAGCUGGAAAUUCUUUUCGCUAUCGUCUUAUUAAGAAUGUUGCAAAUAUUAGAAAAUAAUUAAAAUCUUUGUGUUUUAGUUUUUACAGUUUGUCCAGUUUAUAUUUGAAAUCAUAUGCAUACUCUCUCUCUCUCUCUCUCUCUCUCUCUCUCUCUCUCUCUCUCUUUCUUGCAACAUAAUUCGAUAUACAUAUGUUGCAUCUCGCUGAUGCCACGAAAAUCUUUGAUGCAUAUCAUAGCUCGCUGACAGAGAUAUUGCGAAGGUGUUAUAGGAUUCCUAGUUGAUUAUUCCGCAACUAUUUCUAUACAUUGAGAAUCUAUCAUUAUGAACGGUUAAUCAUUUUAAAAUACACAAAAUAAUUUCGAAGCUUGUUGAGUUUUUCAAGCUCUAAUACAAAAUAUAUAAUAUAGCACAGUA